UUUUCUUGAAGUUCGGGUGGAAACAUCUUAACCCUUCACUGUAAACCUUUCUUAGAACAUUCUGUGGUCUCUGACAGAAGGAAUCUGGUGCCCCUGAAGACGUACACGGCCUGGAGACACAAAGAUCAUCAUGGCUCCAAUCCCAACAAUGUCCAAACCCAUUUGUCUGAUUGAGAACUCUGGAGGUAAGCCAUGUGUGAAUGAAGAAGCCAAGAAGGUUCUGGAGAACAUUUUGCAGCCACUGGUUGUGGUGUCCAUAGUCGGGCAAUACCGAUCUGGGAAAUCCUAUCUGCUGAACAAACUCUCCAAAGGUGGCUUCUCUUUGGGACAUACCCUCAAUGCGAAUACAAAAGGCAUCUGGAUGAAGUGCAUCCCCCACCCUAAGAAAAGUGAUCACACCCUCAUCCUCCUGGACACAGAAGGUGUUGGGGAUGUGGAAAAGGGCAACCUGCAGAAUGAUGAUAUGAUCCUGUCACUGGCCGUGCUCAUGAGUAGUGCUGUCAUCUAUAACAGUAAGGCUGCCAUAAACCAAGACGCUGUGAAGAAACUCCACACCAUGACUGGAACCUACCAGUUCAUCUCAGAGAAGGCUUCCAAACAGAAUGGACAGGAUGUACAGGCGGGCGAUGAUGAUCACAUGUCAUCACUUCUAGUUUGGGCCGUACGAGAUUUCACACUGAAACUAGAAAUAAAUGGCCGACCGGUCACUGCCGAUGAGUACCUGGAAAACUCCCUACAGGAUAUAACUCCUGUGAAAACCCCAAGGACUCAGGAACAAAAUAAAGUCCGAAAGACAAUCCGGAAAUGUUUUCCUAAGAGGAAAUGCUUUGUUUUUGACUUCCCAUUGUCGGACCUUGACAUGAGCACGUUGGACCAAGUGUCUGAAACUAAACUUCAGCCAAGAUUCGUAGAACAGACCAAAGACUUCUGUGAGUUCAUUCUACAGGAGGUUCCACCAAAAAGACUGAGAGGAGGAAUGACCGCCACUGGAUCCAGAUUUGCGCACCUUCUCCAGUCCUACCUCGAUGUUGUUAAAGAAAAGGAUUUCGCUAUACUCACAAGUUCUUUCUCUAACAUGUUCAUCACUGAAAAUGGGAAAAUGAUGGACAAAAGUAUUGAGGUUUAUGAAGCCAAGAUGUCGUCCCAAAAUGUGAAGAGCCGUGAAGAAUUCGAGCAGAUCCAUAAGGCCACAGAAGAGGAGGCCAAGCUAGAAUUUAACAAGUUGUAUGUGAAACAUGAAAAGAGUCAAGAUGAAUAUCAGGCUGAGCUGAAGGCCGAGUUACUAAAGAAAAAAGAUGAAGUCUGGAAAACGUGUGAAGAGUCUUCCCUGCAGAGAUGUAACGCCAUCAUAGAACAGCUGAAGAGUACACUAGACCAAAAUAUUAAGGAGAACAAAUAUCACACCCAUGGAGGACUGAAGACAUUUAUCAAUGACAAGAAUGUGAUAAUAGAGGAAUAUAAACAAAAACAAGACAAGGGGGUGAAGGCUGAACAUGUCCUUCAAAUCUUUUUGAGUUCAUUAGAACCUAUAGAAGAAAUCAUCUCAAAGGCUGAGAAAGAAGAAGAAAUAUCAGCUCCCAAGCCCAAGAUCCUAAAGAUGACAGAUCGAAAUGAUCCCACGCAACUCACCCAGUAUAUACAGAGCUACCAGUUGCCUCCAGGGCCCUUCAAACGUAUUCUCAUCCAGCUCUUUGGUUUUGCCGGCCAUGGGAAGUCGUCCUUUGUAAAUUCCUGUAUAUAUGCCGUGAACGGUGGGAACUUCAAUGACUAUGCAGGGGAGGCUACAUCCCAGGGAGGGAAGACCUUAGACCGGAGGGGAUACCAGCUCACAAAUAAUAUUACUAUUGUCGACAACCGAGGCUUUGCUAAGCUGGACUCCACUGAAGAAUGGGAAAUUUAUGCUCAACUCUGUAACUGUGUGCCUCUGAAUGAAAUGGUGUCUUGGAAUAAGAGCUUAGAGGAACGUCUCGACCUCGUGACACAAAGAGCCUUGGAGGAGACCUCUGAUGUGGUUGUGCCAGUUCUCAUUUACAGUUCACAACAAAGCCUUGGUGAAGAACUAAAGAACAUCAGAGAAUUCUUAAAGCAAGCCCAAAUACUCACACGGAUCCUGCCUUUCAUUGUCCUAACUAAGAGCAAAAUGGUGAAGCAAUCAACCUUGAAGGACAAGUUUUUGCAAAUGGGAAUGGAGAAUGUUUACUGCAUAGAAAACUACCUUCAAUCUGAUCAUCUCUCCCUCCUGACCAAGCAUCGCAACAUCCUAACAGUUCUCUACGACAUCCUGGAUGCUGUCAAUUUCCAUAUGAUGACCAAAUCUAACCUUCAAAACCAACGUCGAGAAUGGAUGAGCUUCCUUAUGAAGAGAGCGGGGUCAAUCCAAAGAUAGACCAAGAUGUCCUUCCAUAUGUUCUCCCAUUCUGCUAGUUGGUUGUCACAGGCAGAAUAAGUUGAAUGUCCCUUCUCAUAUAUAUCAUAAAUGUUCACUCUUUAUGAUCCGGUGCUGAUUUGCUGCUUUACCAUGCAGUUUUUACUCCUGUCCUAGCAGAUACAAUAUAUAGAUGACGUCCCCAUCCCCCCCCCAUCAUUAUUUUUUUCUAUAACCUCACAUUUAUCACAUUCUUUCAUUAUUAAUAGGGGAUUUGUGUGUUUUUAUUUAUCUACCUGAAGGAUUAAGCUUAAAAACA